AUAUUGCUUUUUCUAAUCGCUAUCUUAACAUAACACUUUUUUACUUGUGUUUAUGUAAAGUUAUUAAUUUAUGAUCUACCUCAAGACAUUAUUUUCUUUCGGUGUCAAACAUUAAAAUAUUAAAGGGCGAUGGCAGGAAAUUGAGAAGUUUCACCAUUACCUAUAACUAAGAGUGGCCAAGUUAAUUCUCAUGUGGUUUGCCGAAAAACUGCCCCAGUUUUUGCUUUUUUCUUCCGUGAAAAAUAUUAGAGGAAACUUCGAUAUUUAUGUCUGCAUUUGGGAAGUUAACUGCAUCUGAGGCAGGUCUCUAUUUGAGGCAUAUAAAGAUGAGUGUAAAUAACCAAUCUCCAUAGACUAUUUUAUAAUUUAUGUCAUUAAUGUAAAAUGGUACCAGAAAAUUAACUGCAAAAUCAAUUGUCUUCAUAAAUAAUUAAGCUCAUUACGGAUAUCCUCGGCCAUAUUUGUUUCGGCCCAUUAAAAUUAACAUGUGUAUUUAAUAUUUAGUUUUGACAUAUAUAAUAACAUUUAUACUCACAAGUGAUUUAACGCGUCGUACAUUUUAUGAACAAUCUUGAGUUUUACGAGCCGAACAUGAACCGGUGCGUUACUCUAAAACUUAACUACGUGCCUCCGGCCAUUUUUAAAUUCCACCGCCGCCACUAGCGUCUGCGGUCCCUAGUGAAUAAAAAUACAGCGUUCGUUAGAUAUUCUCUGUGAAAGUAAUUUUUACUGAAAAAUAAAAUGAGUAUAGGCAGUUAAAGUGAAUAUUGCAGUGGGGAAUGGUUGUGUUACUCGCGCUGGUCCUAAUGUACGCGGCGGGCGCGGCCGCCAGCAACGCCGAGGCUCACUUUCAAGAGAACCGUCGUCUGGCGAAGGCGAUCGUGGAAGCCCUGCAGGACUCCAAGUUCGAUGAUGAACUCCUCUUUGACUUGAAGAAGGAAAACCAAGUAUACCUCAACCGCACCAUGUCGCUCGUCAUCAAAUAUAUUGUUAAACGGGAGGUAGACAAUUACCGCUCGAGGCGAACCGACGCGAUCAGCCGGCGAAUUUAUUCCUCUCUUAUUAUGAAGCUCAUCGAUAUUGCCAAGGACCUUCCCCGCAACACGACGAAUCAGAACCGCAUCGACACAGCCCACCGCUACUACAUGUCAGUGGAGAGUCGCGACAUGCACGACCAGAUGGCUGAUGUGCAGGUGUUUCACGCAUGCGCCAGGCUCUACGACAUCAUGUUCACGGCUCCCAGAAUCAUAGCACAGCUGGGUAAGCUGGACGACCUAACCCCCAGGAUACUGGUCCGUAAGCUCAAAGAUAUGGAGAUCAAACCUGUUCAUCUCGGAGUCGCUCUGCUGGUGCAGUACCACCUUCGUAACACGGUGAACUUCUCCAUCCGCUCCAAGUCUCUGGACGUGCUGUCGACCAAGCCACAGAUGGUGGGCCCUCAGGUCAUCGACAUGCUAAAGUCCCUCGCCUCCAAGAUGCUGCCUGUGGCGGAGCUGCUGGACAUCCACCUGGCGCACUCCAGCCCUGCCUUCAAGGACACCUGCCCGGCCACCUGGCUCGGCAUAGUCAAUAAUAAACAGCCUUGAUUUAAUAAUCACGAUUUCCCAUUUUUUUGCGGAAUUCCACUAACCUUUUGUUCUUCCUCUUGGACAGUCUUUGUAUUAUU